UACUUGCAAGCCUAGUAACUGGACACAAGAUUUUAGGUGAGGUAAACCCUCCCUAGUGGCUGCUUGAUCCUGUUAUUUAUCUACAUUCAUGGUGGGAUCUGAACAACCGUCCUUGUAGAUGUAGAACGAUGUUACAUUUGCGGUGUCCUGGUCUAGUCUAGCUGUCAUACCUACGAUAAACAAGUUCUUUAAUAUAUCAAGCGUACGAGCACACACUAUCUGACCAUUCAAAUCCUCCAGGCCAUCCUGGGGAUCUUAGAACGAUCAUUCAGGACCUUUCUUCCAGCCUCAACAUCGACAAACACCAUGACUACCCUUCCGUCAAGACCCGCAAAUGGACGAGCCCGCAUACGCGAUAUUCUCCCAAACCUCUACAUCGGCCGCUACACACCCGGCCCUCUCAAUUCCAUAACCGACGUCCCAGGCGUCCUCGUCCACACCGAAUCCAUCAUAUCACCGCAAACAACCACCAAAGGCGCCGUCAACACCGGCGUCACAACCAUCCUCCCCCGCAAAGACUUCUUCCACAAAGCAUGCUACGCCGGCAUCUUCCGCUUCAACGGCUCUGGCGAGAUGACCGGAAGCCACUGGAUCGACGAGACGGGUCUGCUUCAUUGCCCCAUCAUCAUUACCAAUUCGUUCGCUGUAGGUAACGCGUAUCAGGGUGUGUAUGAGUAUGCGAUCAGGGAGUAUUGCGACAAGGAUGGACGUGUGGAUUGGUUCAUGUGUCCUGUUGUCGCGGAGACGUUCGAUGGCUUCAUGAAUGACCUGACGCAGUUCGCCGUCAAGCCGGAACACAUUGUGCGUGGGAUCGAGAGAGCCUCCGCAGAUCGGGUCCCUGAAGGUAAUACUGGUGGCGGCACUGGUAUGCUUUGCCAUGGGCACAAAGGAGGUACUGGAAGCAGCAGUCGCAUCGUGGUAGGCGAAGUUGAUGGUGUUGAUAAGAAAUACACUGUCGCAGCACUCGUUCAGGCAAAUUAUGGUCGACUCCAUCAACUCCGUAUCUCAGGCGCGCAUGUUGGAAUUCACUUUGAGAAGAUUCUAAAUGCGAGAGCUGCAGAGGACAAGAAACUUGCCGACGCCAAAGCGGCUCUUGAGAAUGAGAAGGACCGCAAGGAUGGCAGUAUUAUUGUCAUCCUUGCGACGGACGCUCCGCUGUCUCCAACACAGCUUCAGAGGCUUGCAAAACGAGCAACAGUCGGCCUGGCACGCGUCGGCGGCGUCGGCCACAACCCUUCUGGCGACAUCUUCCUCGCAUUCUCUACAGGCAACGAGAUUCCAGUCCAAGGCGUGGGUGCUCGUCAUCGGCAUGUUGACCCAUUCAAGCCGUCAGCUCUACGUCUCGACAUCUUGAAUGACGAGACCAUCAACGCCCUCUUUGAGGCAGCCGCAGACGUUACGGAAGAGUCAAUCUAUAACGUAUUGACCGGUGCGGAGACGAUGGUCGGGCUUGAUGGACAUAGGGUCGAAGCACUAGAUCUUGACGAGUUGCAGCGGUAUAUGAAGAGGUUUAUAGAUGAUUGAGAUUGUGUUUAUAGUCUGGUAUAUCUCGUAUAUAUCUUUCCUCACAUGCAAUAUAUCACCAGUCAUGGUGGAUAAACAACUUCUUACAGAUGCUUGUUCUCAGGGAUCGUCAGGGAUUAUGGUUCGUCAGUUCACUAGUGGAUGGUGUGAUGGAGGGGCUGCAUGGCAAACACAACUUCCCAUGCAAGAAGUCCUGUUAUCAUUCAUCUC